CUCCUAGACACUGACAGGAGGGGAUUGAACAGGAAUAACCACUAGUCUCCUAGACACUGACAGGAGGGGAUUGAACUAGAAUAAUAAAUAUGGCGAUGAUUCUAAAGGUGGACACAGCCUUCAUUUCCUACUUCAACCCUUUUGUGUUUCAUUCUCUCUCUUUCUCUAUAUCUCUACUGCUUUCUAUCUUUUCUUCUCCCCCCCUCACAGAGAAGAUGAUGUCCAGGUAUGGCGGUCUGCCAGGUGAGCUCCAUAUUAUAGAGCUGGAGAAGAGUCCCAGGGGAGUCACUAGCACGGAGGCCCGGGGACAGGGUCUGGUUCCUGGUCUGGGUCUCAGCCUGACGGAAGACAGGGAUGGUUCCAGAGCCCACCUCGGUGUCUACGUGGCUGGGGUCGACCCCCAGGGAGCAGCGGGGCGAGAUGGACGGAUACGGGUGGGAGAUGAGCUACUGGAGAUCAACGGUCAGAUCCUGUAUGGUCGUAGUCACCAGAACGCUACAGCCAUCCUCAACAGUGUUAUCAACGGUCAGAUCCUGUAUGGUCGUAGUCACCAGAACGCUACAGCCAUCCUCAACAGUGUUAUCAACGGUCAGAUCCUGUAUGGUCGUAGUCACCAGAACGCUACAGCCAUCCUCAACAGUGUUAUCAACGGUCAGAUCCUGUAUGGUCGUAGUCACCAGAACGCUACAGCCAUCCUCAACAGUGUUAUCAACGGUCAGAUCCUGUAUGGUCGUAGUCACCAGAACGCUACAGCCAUCCUCAACAGUGUUAUCAACGGUCAGAUCCUGUAUGGUCGUAGUCACCAGAACGCUACAGCCAUCCUCAACAGUGUUAUCAACGGUCAGAUCCUGUAUGGUCGUAGUCACCAGAACGCUACAGCCAUCCUCAACAGUGUUAUCAACGGUCAGAUCCUGUAUGGUCGUAGUCACCAGAACGCUACAGCCAUCCUCAACAGUGUUAUCAACGGUCAGAUCCUGUAUGGUCGUAGUCACCAGAACGCUACAGCCAUCCUCAACAGUGUUAUCAACGGUCAGAUCCUGUAUGGUCGUAGUCACCAGAACGCUACAGCCAUCCUCAACAGUGUUAUCAACGGUCAGAUCCUGUAUGGUCGUAGUCACCAGAACGCUACAGCCAUCCUCAACAGUGUUAUCAACGGUCAGAUCCUGUAUGGUCGUAGUCACCAGAACGCUACAGCCAUCCUCAACAGUGUUAUCAACGGUCAGAUCCUGUAUGGUCGUAGUCUCCAGAACGCUACAGCCAUCCUCAACAGUGUUAUCAACGGUCAGAUCCUGUAUGGUCGUAGUCUCCAGAACGCUACAGCCAUCCUCAACAGUGUUAUCAACGGUCAGAUCCUGUAUGGUCGUAGUCUCCAGAACGCUACAGCCAUCCUCAACAGUGCUCCUUCUAAAGUCCAGAUCCUCCUCACCAGGAAUAAAGCCGCUCUGACGCAGAUGGCUCAAGGACCCAUGGGUGGGGACUCCUCAUCUUCCUCCAUCCAUCCCUCCAUCUCUCUCUCCUCUUUUCUCCAUCCCUCCAUCCAUGUCUCUUCCUCCCAUCCCCCCAUUCCUCCCCACUCUUCCGUCGGCACUGCCAGGAACGCCUCCUCCUCUAGCGGGCGAUCUGAUUGGCCAACGGGCUCCGCUCUGACCCCUGACCUCCUGAGCUGUCCCAUAAUACCCGGCGUUGACAGCACCAUAGAGAUCUGUAAAGGACACUUGGGCCUGGGCCUCAGCAUCGUGGGGGGGUGUGACACGCUACUGGGGGCCAUAAUAAUCCAUGAGGUUAAUGAUGGAGGAGCAGCUCAGAGAGACGGGAGGCUGUGGGCUGGAGACCAGCUGCUAGAGGUGAAUGGUAUAGACUUGGGCCAGGCCACCCAUGAGGAAGCUAUAGGGGUGUUGAGGCUGACCCCUCAACGGGUGCGUCUCACGGUGUUCAGACAUCAGCAGGAGUACGGGGAGGAGGACCUGUGGGAUGUCUUCCAGCUGGAGCUCAGACUACGACCUGGACAGACCCUGGGGCUCAGCACUGUAGGGAAGAGCAACGACACAGGUGUGUUUGUGUCUGAGAUCAUUGGAGGGGGUGUGGCUGAUGAAGACGGACGGCUGUUUCUAGGAGACCAGAUCCUGUCAGUCAACAGAGAGGAUGUCAGAACAGCUACACAGGAACACGUUACCUCACUGUUACAGAGCUGCAGCAGUGGAACGGUGAUCCUAGAGAUCGCUCGCUUCAAAGCCGUCGGCGUUCAGUACUCCUGUGGAAGUCAGAGUGGGGACUCCGUAGGCAGUGACAGCUCCACCCUGACCCCCUCCACUGUGUAUGAUGUCCAGGGUCACCACCCGGGGGACACAGAGAGACGCCAGAGAGGAGAGGACGACACAGUGGAAGACCACCAUGACAUAAGGACAGUGGUGAUACAUAAGGGUCCGUGUGAUUCUCUGGGUCUGAGUGUAUCUGGUGGUGCUGGUUCUCCUCAUGGAAACGUACCUCUCUUCAUCUCUACUAUGGACCCUGCUGGACUGGCUGCCAGGUCACACCAAAUCUAUGUAGGAGAUGUCAUGGUAAGUAUUAACGAUGUCUCCACUGAGGGGAUGAGCCACGUCCAAGCUGGAGUUCUGUUGAAGACCAUCAGUGGGACCAUCACCCUACAGGUGCUGACUACAGGGUCGGUGGCUGAGGCCUGUGGAGGAGGACAGGGUCAGGGGGAUGUCGGUCUCCCCUCCACAGGACCAGCUACCCUACACAACAACACGAGGUAGGACUCUGCUGCUAUCGCAUGUUAUAAAGAGGGAGAAGGUAGAGGAGGCUGAGGACAGGGAGCGGGGGAGGAGGCUGA